AUGGAAGACACAAAGUCGGCAACCCUGAUUGGCAUGCUGGAUAGAGGGACGGUCCAAACCGAAGGCUCCAAAGAGAAUCACACCCCAGGAGUGCAGUACAAGCUGUAUAUGGAUGCCCAUUCUGGAGGAUCAAAAGUUGACGUUAUGCGCUACCACGUUACGACUAGAUAUUUUCUAGCCUUUCUGAUUCGAAAACCGUUGGUGGGGAUCACACUCUACCAGGUACUCGUUGAUCUGUACGAGCGUCUGAAGGAGUGUUUGUCACCAAGUAUUGAUUGUGCGGUUGCACUACAAUCGUACCUGAAUAUGGUUCGUCUUGUGAACGUACCGAAUGAGCCUCGGGCUGCGGCAGGUCUUCUGCCUUGGAGUGAAGAUGUGAGAUGGAACAACGGAUGCCGCGAGGCCGUUGGCAUGUACGAGGAACUCAGUCAUCUGCAAGAAAGUGCUGAUAUCAGCCUACCAACAACAGCGCAUCUGGAUCGAGCGCAUCUCGAGCUUCAAGCACGCAUCCAUGAAGCUGAAGAUCACUUAUCCACGUUCUACUUCAAUGACGCCCAUUUUUCCCAGGAAGACAUGUCGCCGACUGUUCGAGCGGCAUCUGUUCGGUUUCGAAAAAUUCUGCGGCAGUUUUACGAGAAGGAGUACCACACAUGGCCGAUACGGAGAGGGCGGCCGGGCCUGUGGUUGGAUAGGAUCCUUGUUGGCCGCCUGCAGGAGGAUUUCAACGCGUUAUAUGAGUAUAACGUGGACAGAAAAGUGGAAUGGAAUGGUGAUGACGAAAGUGACGACCGAAAGGAUAGAGCUCUGCUCAACUCAGUCAAUGCCCUAAACUUCGGGCUCGACGGUGAGGAUGUUCGAAUGUAA